GAAAGAAGUGCUACAUAUUGGAUCACGCGGGUGUACUAUCUCUCUCCGUUUUGUACUACACUGGUACGCGGACAGAUUUACCAACGAAGUUGAAAGCCUAUAUUUGUGACCAACAGUUUAUUCCGGUCGGCCUAAGUAGAAGAACUAACAUCCAGAGACCUGUUUAACGUUCAUCGAAAACCUGGGAACGGGUCUCAUUGUCCUGGGAAAGCAUGGAGAAUGCAUUUAGUAAGGAAAUAAAGGAAGUGUUGGCCCACUUCGAUGUGGAUGAAGAAACGGGAUUGAGUGACGACCAAGUCAAAAAGUCGGAAGCCAAAUAUGGCCCAAAUGAGCUCCCAGCUGAGGAAGCUAAGGCCCUGUGGGAACUGGUUCUGGAACAGUUUGACGACCUUCUUGUCAAGAUUCUGCUUCUAGCAGCCAUAAUUUCCUUCGUGCUCGCCUUAUUCGAAGAAUCAGAAGAAACGAUCAGUGCGUUUGUUGAACCUUUCGUCAUUUUACUCAUCCUCAUCGCCAAUGCCGUAAUUGGUGUGUGGCAGGAACGAAACGCUGAAUCGGCUAUUGAAGCCUUAAAAGAGUACGAACCGGAAAUUGCCAAAGUCUUUCGAAAAAACCAUCACGGCAUUCAAAGAAUCAAGGCACGUGAACUGGUCCCUGGUGAUAUUGUUGAGGUCUCCGUUGGCGACAAAGUACCAGCUGAUAUGCGCAUCACUAAAAUCAUGAGUACCACCUUACGAGUGGAUCAGUCCAUCCUGACCGGUGAAUCUGUGUCUGUGAUCAAGUUCACGGAAGCCGUACCUGACCCAAGGGCUGUGAAUCAAGAUAAGAAGAACAUGCUAUUCAGUGGCACUAAUAUUGCAGCCGGUAAGGCACGUGGCGUCGUUGUCUGCACAGGUCUAAUGACUGAAAUCGAUGAUGGACACCGAACAGGACAAGACACCAUUGCAGCAAAAGCUGGACGAAUUUGGCCAACAGUCAUUUCAAUCAUUUGCGUCGCUGUAUGGGCCAUUAACAUUGGGCAUUUCAAUGACCCCGCUCAUGGCGGAUCAUGGCUCAAAGGCGCCAUCUACUACUUCAAGAUCGCUGUCGCUCUGGCUGUAGCUGCUAUCCCAGAGGGUCUACCGGCCGUCAUUACUACUUGUCUGGCCUUGGGUACACGUCGGAUGGCGGCGAAAAAUGCCAUUGUUCGUUCCCUUCCAUCUGUCGAAACACUGGGUUGCACUAGCGUCAUCUGUUCGGAUAAGACUGGCACACUGACAACAAAUCAAAUGAGCGUUUGCCGAAUGUUCAUCUUCUCCAAGACAGAUGACCGCGCUCCCGAAGUACAUCAUUUUGAAAUUACUGGAUCCAAGUACGCCCCGGAAGGCGAAGUUUUCCUGAAUGGCCAACGUGUCGAAUCUGGGGAAUAUGAUGGUCUAAUCGAAAUCGCUAACAUUUGUGCAAUGUGCAACGAUUCCGCAAUCGAUUACAACGACAGCAAGCAUGUGUAUGAGAAGGUUGGUGAAGCCACAGAGACUGCUUUGUGCUGCUUAGUGGAGAAGAUGAAUGUGUACAAAACGCCCAAGUCUGGCCUGUCGAAAAAGGAUUUGAGCAUGGUCUGCAAUCACCAGAUCCAAAAUUUGUGGACCAAAGAGUUCACCCUAGAAUUCUCCCGUGACCGCAAGUCUAUGUCAGUCUACUUGUUGCCCAAACCAAAUUCGGCCUCAAAGAUCCCCAACACCGGCUCUGAAACUGGCCCACGAAUGUUCGUGAAGGGAGCUCCAGAAGGAGUGCUGGAUCGCUGCGCAUUCGUUCGUGUAGAAGGCAAAAAGGUUCCAAUGACCCCAACGCUGAAAGCAGAAAUAGUUAAGCAUGUCGCUGCCUAUGGAACAGGCAGAGAUACUCUACGUUGUUUGGCCCUCGCUACUUCUGACAGCCCACCAGCCAAGGGCCAAAUGAACCUCGAAGACUCCUCCAAGUUUGUCAACUACGAACAAAACCUAACUUUCGUCGGUGUCGUGGGCAUGUUGGAUCCACCUCGUAUGGAAGUACUGGACAGUGUCAUCAAGUGCCGAAAAUCUGGCAUCCGGGUCAUCAUGAUCACUGGUGACAACAAGGCGACUGCUGAAGCCAUUUGCCGGCGUAUUGGAAUCUUCGGUGAAGAUGAACCAACGAGCGGGAAAUCAUUCACUGGCAGAGAAUUCGAUUCACUUCCGAUUGAAGAGCAACGAGAGGCAUGCAGACGUGCUCGACUAUUUGCACGUGUAGAGCCAGCACACAAGAGCAAGAUUGUGGAGUUCUUGCAAGAGGAUGGAGAAGUAUCCGCCAUGACCGGUGAUGGUGUGAACGAUGCUCCUGCACUGAAGAAGGCGGAAAUCGGUAUUGCCAUGGGUAGCGGGACGGCCGUGGCAAAGUCUGCUGCCGACAUGGUCUUGGCUGACGACAACUUCCGCUCCAUUGUACUUGCCGUAGAGGAGGGUCGCGCCAUCUACAACAACAUGAAACAGUUCAUUCGAUAUCUGAUCUCGUCCAACAUUGGCGAGGUUGUCAGUAUUUUCCUUACUGCGGCGCUCGGUCUUCCGGAGGCACUCAUUCCUGUCCAGCUACUUUGGGUCAACUUGGUCACAGAUGGUCUUCCAGCGACAGCACUCGGUUUCAACCCACCUGAUUUGGAUAUCAUGAAUCGACCUCCACGCAACAUCAAGGAUCCUCUUAUUUCUGGCUGGCUCUUCUUCCGUUACUUGGCUGUCGGAGGCUAUGUCGGAUGCGCUACUGUUGGCGCCGCCGCAUGGUGGUUCACACUGUAUCCUAAAGGUCCUCAACUCAACUACUAUCAACUGACACAUCAGUCUCAAUGUCUUGCUCAGGAGUCACGUUUUGAGGGAAUCGAUUGCGCCAUAUUUACGCAUCCGAAACCCAUGACUAUGGCUCUUUCAGUGCUCGUUCUGAUCGAGAUGCUGAACGCAAUGAACAGCUUAUCUGAAAACCAGUCUCUCUUCGUGAUGCCUCCGUGGGUGAACCCCUGGUUGAUGCUGGCCAUGGUGCUCAGUAUGUCAUUGCACUUCCUCAUUCUUGAGGUCGAUUUCCUCUCGAAAGUCUUUCAAAUUACACCUUUAACACUGGAAGAGUGGUUCAUGGUGAUCAAGAUCUCACUGCCUGUCUUACUCAUUGAUGAGACACUGAAGCUGAUCGCCAGGAAAUUCACUGAUGUUCCGGUGAUGCGAGAGGAGGUCAAGUAAAGCAGGAGUACAAGUUUGAAUUAUAUACUUUAGUGUUACUCAUGGCCUGAUCACCGGCUUCUCUUUCUCCAAAGAGCCUAUUCGUAUAAAUAGAGAGUUUAAAAGUUUUGCUCCGUACAUACACACUUUGUACCCCCUCCCUUCACCUUCGGUCCCUCGUGUUCGCAGGUUGUCUCACUCCCCAUCGCAACAAUAAGAAUAGUGUCUUGGUUUUUUAAUUAUUAGCACCAGCCCCACAGUUCCGGUUGGUUCAUCCCAUAUUUCGUGCAUUUUCCCCAAAAUUCAAAACACUUCCUCUAUCCACUUUCACCCAUGAUCAUCCCCCUGCCCUUGGCCUGUGAAGGCAGCAGCAUUCAGUUUAGCUGUAUAGAGUAUUCUUGCCACAGACUGACGGAUCAUUUUACUGUUGGAGGUCAAACAUCUACUGCUGUCGGUCGAAAAAGUUUCCGCCUUGUAAUUUGCACCAAACUUGUUCUUCUGCCCAUAUUUCCUAAGGCCGGGAAUGAAGACGCUUCUAGAUUAAUCUACUGUUGUGUUACUGAGCAAGAACAGGGUUGUUUUUUCUUCCAAUAUCAGCUUUCUUCUCCCUGCUGUGAGAUCAUGGUUUCUGUCAGUACACGGUUGUAAGAGACGGAGUUGUGCUGAAAACAAUCGAGCUCCAUUGACUUGUCUGGCUGCCGUUCACCGUCCUCUCUUCCAACACUCACUCGUAAUAAACGUUGCUCAUAACACCACCGUGUCGUGUGUGUGAACAAUAUUUUCUGUACGUCGACACAACACAAGCAUCCAUUCUGUCACACUCAGCUCACAAUACCCGUUAGAAGAGUUGAACUACUCCGUACAAAAACUUCACUCCAAGCCAUGGAUAAACAAUGGCGCCGGACAAAAUUUACUCUCACAAACAAAUACUUUCCUCAUUUCGAAAUCUAGUGGGUAGAAUUUCCAUUUUCCUUUUCUCCGAUUGGUUGCAGAGAUCUUCCCAAUUCGGAUUAAAUAAAAACCCUAUCGUGAAC